GUUGCGAUAUGCCGGGCCCUACCGCGGCUUGUCAUCUCCCCCAGCCGAAGGCAGGGAGCAGCCCCUGGCCGGCGGCCAGCCGUCUCCCUCGCAGCUACCUCCCCCUGCCCGGCCGCUCCGCAGAGCGGGAUCCUCCUGCCUCCGGUCCUACAAGUUAUAGCGCAGAGAAACCCGCGGCAGAGCCGCCAGCCAGCCCGGGGCAGCAUGUCCGGUACCAAAUACGUAGACUCGGAGGACUUUCUGUACACGGCGCCCAUCAGGGAGCAGGGCAACAUCUACAAGCCCAACAACAAGAUGAUGGCAGAUGAGCUGAGCGAAAAGGCGGUGCACGACGUGCACACCAAAGAGAUCGACCUGGUCAACCGAGACCCCAAGCACCUCAACGACGACGUGGUCAAGAUCGAUUUUGAAGAUGUGAUUGCUGAGCCAGAGGGAACACACAGCUUUGAUGGGAUUUGGAAGGCCAGUUUUACCACCUUCACUGUAACGAAAUACUGGUUUUAUCGUUUACUGUCAGCUAUCUUUGGCAUUCCUAUGGCUCUCAUCUGGGGCAUCUACUUUGCCAUUUUGUCAUUCCUGCACAUCUGGGCAGUGGUGCCAUGCAUAAGGAGCUACCUGAUUGAGAUCCAGUGCAUUAGCCGCGUCUAUUCGAUCUGCAUCCACACGUUCUGCGACCCGCUCUUUGAGGCCAUAGGCAAAAUGUUCAGCAGCAUCCGAGCCACAGUACGGAAAGAGAUUUGAGGGACAUUUCAAGGAGAGCCAUCAGCCUAGGAAGGGGGUGGGGUUUUGUGUUGUUUGGAGUGUUUUGGUGCCAGUUUCAUGUUUCCCAAAGCAACAUACAGCAACUGGUGGUGGAUAUACUGGCCCAAAACAAAGAAUCACUUGCUCAGUUUCUUAUUCUACUGUUCAUUCUUACUGGACUACUUGCCUUCCUUUUUUUUUCUUUCUUUUUUUUUUUCCCCCUUCGGUCUGCAUUUCUAACUAACCUUAAAUGGCUAUUCUUCCAUGCCAGCUGCGUAUCAUUUUGCUGGCUGUUCAAUUCAGAGACUGAAGUGUUGUUGGAUGACUUUUUAUCUCACCCUUCAUUUCUUGUGAGAUAUAUCCACAGUGAUACUGAAGAACGACAAAAAUGCUUUCCAACACUAUAAAGCCAUUCAUUUUAUUGUGGCCAAAGAGCGCAGAGCUGUUGCAGCAGAAUGAACGUGACCAGCUGGCAGGUUUUAGCAGAAUGUUCUUUUUCAAUUGGAUUGUCAGUUGACUGCAGCUAUUUACAGUCAUGGUCAGAUAUGGUGCACUAUGAAUAAAUUAGUUAAGUAAACCAAUUACUGAACUAAUAUACGUCCCAAAAGUCUAACACUUUAUCUGGUUGGAGACAUUGACACGUGAAAGCUUUUCACGUGCAUAAAAAGCUUCGGUCGGUGCCUUUCUGUCUCAUUCUCUCUUGGAAGUUUGCAUCCAGUCAUUUCUCAGCGUUUGCUAGCAUUGCUGAAGCAAAUUGCAGUUGAGAACUAAAACUGGUCAUUACGGAAAUGUUUUCCUGACUGUGACUUAUGACACAUCCCUUAGCGAGCAUUUAGGUGCUUAUCUCAUAGGCUUCUUUUUUUUUUUUUCCCGAAGUAUUCAUAUAAAUACAUAUCGCAGGUAUGCCAGAGAUAACCCUGAGUUACAAGAAGAAUGAAGGUGUGCCAAACACAAACCACAUGAGUCCAAGGAGGAGUUGCCCCUGAGAGAAACUUUUCUAUCAGCUUUCAAAGCUUCCCUAUCAGCAGAAGUCAGCAUGCCACUAGCACGCAGAUUAUUUUCAGGAUGCUUUGCUGAGUCUAAACUAAUCCAUCACGAGAGAUGGUUUAGAAACUUCACAUUUGUGGGUUGGUUUGUUCGUUUUUAGCUGAGCUGCAACAUCAGGAAGUCUUAAACGGAGGGUGUUGUGUGAAACUACCACGUUGCAAAGUGCAGUGCCUAGAAAGCAAAGCCUUUGCGACACGUUCUGAUGCUGUGACCUGCAGGAGCUUUUUGCCCUCGUGACAGUACUGUGUUCAGAGGUGCUCUCUGCAUCCUCAUAUGGUUUGCGUGAAGCAUUUGGAAAAAUAGUUGUGAGGCUAAUCUAGCUUUAUUGUAAACCAAGCUGGGGCCUGAGCCUGCUCUGGUUGGGAUCUCCAGCAAACCAGUUCUUGACCUCGGAGAGUGCAAGAUUUGGCCCUUGGGAUGAGCAUGGAGCUGUCUGGUACACCUACAGCUUUUUUUAUUUAGCGCUGAUAUUUCACAUAUUGCUUUACCUAACACGGGAGUGCCUUCGGUUCAAUUUCUGCCAAAGCAUUGAAAACUUUAGGAAAUGCUGCGUUUUUUAGGGGGGGAGGGAAGAGGGGAGAGGGUGCACAAAAAAAUUACAAAGCUAUUAACUACUAUUGUUUGCAUUUAAAACAGACACUGGUAUGGAUAUAGUUUUAUGUUUUUCUAUGUACAUAAUGGAGAGUGUACUAUUAUAGAUUUUUUCAGUAUUAAAACCAAGCGAGAUUGUAAACAAGAAAUAUUUUAUCUUUUUAUGAGGAAAAUCACUCUGAAGAAAACCUUCUUGAUUUACCAUAUAAACUGUAUAUCCUGAAAGAUGUCUGUUCACUUAGAGUUAUUAGUCCCUAAUCCAAAUACAUUGCUGAUCCAAGACAUUUACAUUGUUGUUAUACGCUUACAGAUAUAACUGACACUUUUUUUAAUUCUGCAUGUACAUUAAAGACUACAAUAAAAAGAUGUUUAAUGGUA